UUGGUUAUAUUCUCUAAUCGAAUCUGAAAGCUUAAAGAUCUGUGUGAAAAUCGAAUCGGAGAAGAUGACUGACGAACAUAAACACGACGAACCUGUAACCGUUUCUGAGCCAGCUGUUGAGAUUGUAGAGAGGGAAUCGCUGAUGGACAAGAUAUCGGAGAAGCUCCACCACGACGGUUCUUCGUCGUCAGAUGACGAAGACGACAAGAAGAAGAAGAACUCUCCAGAGAGCUCUCCGUCCUCGAUGAAAUCGAAAGUUUACCGCUUGUUCGGAAGGGAGAAGCCUGUCCACAAGGUCCUCGGCGGUGGAAAACCGGCGGAUAUAUUCAUGUGGAAGAACAAGAAGGUGUCUGGGGGUGUACUCGGUGGUGCUACAGCCGCUUGGGUUCUCUUUGAGCUGAUGGAGUAUCAUCUCCUCACUCUGCUCUGCCACGUCAUGAUUGUUGUGCUCGCUGUGCUGUUUCUCUGGUCUAAUGCCACCGUGUUUAUUAACAAGUCUCCACCGAAGAUUCCUGAAGUUCAUAUCCCUGAGGAGCCUAUUCUCCAGCUUGCGUCUGGGCUCAGGAUCGAGAUCAAUAGAGGGUUCUCUUCUCUUCGUGAGAUUGCCUCUGGAAGGGAUCUCAAGAAGUUUGUUACUGCUGUUGCUGGCUUGUGGGUUUUGUCGAUCUUGGGUGGCUGGUUCAAUUUCUUGACAUUGGCAUACAUAGCCCUUGUGCUGCUCUUCACGAUUCCUCUUGCCUACGACAAGUACGAAGACAAAGUCGACCCGUUGGGUGAGAAAGCGAUGAUCGAGAUCAAGAAGCAGUAUGCAGUGUUGGACGAGAAGGUGUUGAGCAAGAUCCCGAUGGGCCCGUUGAAGAACAAGAAGAAAGAUUAGGUUUACAUUCGUCGAUUAGAAAGAACGAACACGGUGUUGUGAAAUGGUGUCGAAGCUAUGUGUUAGAUAUCUUUUAAUAUGUUAUUUGGUUUUUUGUUAAUUGUUGGUGAACGUGGAGGUGAUACAGUUAGUGUUGGUUGCUCUCUCUAUAUAUGACCAAGAAGUUUAAGAUA